UCGAAAUCGCACCGAACAACGCGCACAUAAUCUCAUCUCCUUUUCCGAUCGCACGCGAACGUUUCAGGUUCCCAUUCACUGCAACCUCCGCCGACAAUGUCGCUGGUGAGGCGCAGCAGCGUGUUCGACCCCUUCUCCCUCGACCUCUGGGACCCCUUCGACAGCAUGCUCCGCUCCGUCGACCCGUCGCCCGGCUCCUCCGACUCCGACACCGCCGCCUUCGCCGCCGCCCGCAUCGACUGGAAGGAGACGCCCGAGGCGCACGUGUUCAAAGCCGACCUCCCCGGCGUCAAGAAGGAGGAGGUCAAGGUGGAGGUGGAGGACGGCAACGUGCUGGUCAUCAGCGGCCAGCGCAGCAAGGAGAAGGAGGACAAGAACGACAAGUGGCACCGCGUGGAGCGCAGCAGCGGCCAGUUCAUGAGGCGGUUCCGCCUCCCGGAGAACACCAAGGUCGACCAGGUGAAGGCUGGGUUGGAGAACGGCGUGCUCACCGUCACCGUGCCCAAGGCGGAGGAGAAGAAGCCUGAGGUCAAGGCUAUCGAGAUCUCUGGUUAAGCGGCCAUGGACGCCGGUUGAAGAUGGUGCGAAUGUGAUGCUACGAGUCGUGCUUGCAGCUUGCUUGAUCUCGGUGUGUGUGUGUUCAUGAGCGUGUGUGGUGUGGACGAUGUGUACUUCCCUUGCCGCCGUACUUCCUUUCGCUCUGUUCUUCCGUGUAAACGUCCGGUGCUUCCUCUGAGAAAUAAAUAAAGAGCUUUCAUUCAAAUGUUCUA